AACUUUUCAAAUAGUAUUGGCGACAUAAUUCAAGUUGUUUUAAGUUGUUCGAUCAAAAAAAAAUUUUUUUGAACGUUUACAUUUUUUGACUUUUUUUGCAUACCCUCGAUUUUUUGGAAAAAUGACUAAUUUCUUUUUCGAGAAAUACCGUCGUGAUAUCUUCACGAAACUUUUCAAAUAGUAUUGCGGACAUAAGUUAAGUUGUUUCGAGCAAAAAAAAAUUUUUUUUGAACAUUUUCAUUUUUUGACUUUUUUUGCAUACCGGGGGUCAUGGAUUUUUUAGAAAAAUGGCUUAAUCCUUUUCUACAAAUACGGUCGUGAUAUCUUCACGAAACUGAUCGAAUAGUAUUGCGGACAUAAUUUAAGUUGUUUCAAGUUGUUUCGAGCAAAAAAAAAAUUUUUUUGAACAUUUUCAUUUUUUUACUUUUUUGCAUACCCAGGGUGGUCAUGGAUUUUUUAGAAAAAUGGCUUAAUCUUUUUUUCGACAAAUACGGUCGUGAUAUCUUUACGAAACUUUUCAAAUAGUAUUGCAGACAUAAUUUAAGUCAUUUUAAGUAGUUUCGAGCAAAAAAAAUAUUUUUUUUGAACAUUUACAUUAUUUGACUUUUUCUGAUUAUCUUAAGUGAUUGAAUUUUAAAUGUUUACCUGGCCUCUUUCUUUCAGACAUCACUUGGAAGUUCACGGAAAAAUCUUGCAAUGUUUAAAACAGACAUCACUUGGAAGUUCACGGAAAAAUCUUGCAAUGUUUAAAAAAGACAUCACUAGGAAGUUCACGGAAAAAUCUUGCAAUGUUUGAAAAAGACAUCACUAGGAAGUUCACGGAAAAAUCUUGCAAUGUUUGAAAAAGGUAUCUUAUAGCUUUUAACUUACUUAAAGGACAAGUGACACGCUUUUGGCACCAAAUUUUUUUUUUCUUUUAACUUAAAGUAAAAUGCUGUAUGAGAGUGCUGUUGAAAUAUUUUUCCUUUCUGAUUUCAUUUACCUACUUAAAAACCCUUUUCAAAUUAUGGCGGGAAAUGAAUCACGUGACACCGUGACGUAGAUUGUGAUAGUUUGUUUUUGCUGCUACUGGUAUACAGUGCAAUAUCAACGUUUACAACACGCUUCUAAACGAAAUCAGAGUUAGUUAUCGGGUCAUUUAUUUGCAAAUUGUUUUCGACAUUAAGUAAUUCUUGUAAAUAUGUAUAAAUAGCAAUAAAAUGCGCCACUGUAUUGCUUACGGAUGCACACCAAAAGUAAGAGCUGCGGCCACCGCCGAUGGGAAGAACAUAUCAUUCCAUAAAUUUCCAGAGGACAAAGCAGUUAGGAAAGCCUGGCUUGUCAAAAUAAAACGAGAAAACUUUGUACCAAGUCGACACUCCAGAGUCUGCUCCCUUCAUUUUACAAAUGAAUCGUUUCUGAGAUCGCCUGUUGUGAACAACUCUUUGGAAGUGACGAUGAAGGCACAACUUUUGCCAGAUGCCGUCCCCACGUUAUUUGUUAUUUGUAUAUAACAAAGUUCAAAGGCGUAUAUCUGGUGCCCGCAAAAAGAGAAUUCAUUCAGAAGUUAUUGAAUCAGCACUUGCAUCCCAUCAAUCGAGUUCAAAUGCUGAAAAUGAGCUUAUUGUUGAGGAGACCACUGAUCGGAUGGAUGCUAUGGUUACUGCGGACAUAACAGAUUCUGUUGUAACAGGUGAUAAUGAUGAUGAUGCAAAAAAAUUUGUUGAUGUCUCUGUUCAAACAGAUUCAUGCAAUUGCCGCUGUUUUUGCUUUAAAGAAGAUGAUGUACUGUCUCAGGAGAGUACCAUCGAGAGCACAAAAGAAAUUGAAGAAUCUGAUUAUGAAACAGAUGAAAGUGAUAUAGAGGAAAGUGAGGAAAGUGAUAUUGAAUAUGAAGAAAUAGUAGAUGUUUCACAAAUACCCUUGCCUGCCCACAAGGAUAGAUAUUUUCUCAUACCACAGACCAUUUUGCUCACGUUAUUCCAGUUAUGCCUUGUACCUGGUUGUUUGAAAUCUGCAACGGCUAAAAUAGUUUCAAUUAUUGGGACAAUGGUGAAGAUUUCAGUGAGUUGUGCAGCUGGACAUGAAACUACCUGGCACAGCCAAAAAUACCACCAACAACUGCCCAUUGGUAAUCUACUUGCAUCAGCAGCUGUAUUUUUGAGUGGAAGCAGUAUUGCCAAG